GGACGUUCUCGCGCGUGUGUGGAAGGAAUUUGGCGCCAGUAACGGAACGGCGAGUGGGGAGACGCAGUAGCGAUAUAAACACACGAAAUAGAAAAAUAACCUGGUUGCAGCUGAUCGUUUUUUAAUUCAGACAUGACCGUCAAGCUGUCCGAAGGAGCAAUUGAGGCUCUGUCGAAGGGCAACGCGGUGAACAGCCCGGUGCUGCAGGUCGUGAACAUCCGUAAAAUGGAAGGAGGCAGCGGCCCGCCCCGGAUCCGCGUUAUGUUGAGCGAUGGGCAAUACACCUUGUCCUCCUUCAUGCUGUCCACGCAGCUGAACACCUUGGUUGAUCAGGGCCUGGUGGCACCAAACUGUGUGUGUGUGUUGAAGAAGAGUGUAACCAACGUCCUGAAAGAUGGCAGACGUGUGGUGAUCAUCCUGGACUUGGAGGUGGUGCGGCCGGCUGAGGAAGUGACCGGCAAGAUCGGUGAGCCUGUUCCUUACGUGGAAGGUCAGUCGAAAGCACCAGCACCAUCUGCCCCAAAUCCCCCAGCCCCCCGCGCCCUGCAGCCCCAGAACGGACAUGAUGCUUCUAUGAACAGAGGGUCCAACUCUGGCAAGCUCUUUGGAAAGAAAGCCCCAUCUACCCUCCCCUCCACCCCUGGCGGCUCCUCCAAAGUGGUGCCCAUCGCCAGCCUCAACCCGUACCAGUCCAAGUGGACCAUCCGCGCUCGUGUUACCAAUAAGAGCGGCAUCCGCACUUGGAGCAACUCGCGUGGCGACGGCAGGCUCUUCUCCAUGGAGAUCGUGGAUGAGAGCGGAGAAAUCAGAGUGACAGGUUUUAACCAGGAAGUGGACAAAUUUUACAGCCUCAUUGAGUCUGGCAAGGUGUACUACAUCUCCAAGGGAACCCUGAAGAUCGCCAACAAGCAGUACACAUGCCUGAAGAAUGACUAUGAGAUGACGCUGAAUGGCGAGUCCACUAUCAUCCCAUGUGAUGACGCACAGGAUGUUCCCAUGGUGCAGUGCAACUUUGUAUCCGUCGCUGACCUUGAGACGCGCGACAAGGAUGCCAUCGUGGACGUGAUUGGCGUGUGCCGCAGCGUGGAUGAGGUCACCCGUAUCACCACCAAGGCAAGUCGUGAGGUGUCCAAGCGCACGCUGAACCUGAUGGACAUGUCCGGGAAGGUGGUCUCGGUCACACUCUGGGGUGAAGAGGCAGAGAAGUUUGAUGGCACUGGGCAGCCUAUUCUGGCCAUUAAGGGAGCUCGGCUGUCUGACUUUGGGGGGCGCUCUCUCUCCGCGCUCUUCAGUAGCACAGUCAUGGUCAACCCUGACAUCCCAGAAGCAUACAAGCUCAGAGGAUGGUAUGAUAAGGAGGGCCAUGCUCUGGAUGGGACAUCUGUGACGGAGAUGAGGCCGGGCGCUGGGGGCGGGGGUGCCAACACUAACUGGAAGGCCCUGGCCGACAUCAAGACGGAGCACCUAGGCCAUGGCGAGAAGGCUGAUUACUUCAGUUGUGUUGCCACCAUAGUGUACCUGCGCAAGGAGAACUGUCUCUACCAGGCCUGCCCAUCCCAGGACUGCAACAAGAAGGUGGUGGACCAGCACAAUGGCAUGUACCGCUGUGAGAAGUGCGACAAGGAGUUUCCUGACUUCAAGCACCGCCUCAUCCUCUCGGCCAACAUCGCAGACUUCGGGGAUAACCAGUGGGUGACAUGUUUCCAGGAGAGCGCAGAAGCCAUCCUGGGGCAGAACGCUGCCUACCUGGGCCAGCUCAAGGACUCAAAUGAGAGUGCCUUUGAAGAGGUCUUUCAACAGGCGAACUUCAAAACCUACAUCUUUCGUAACAGAGUGAAGCUGGAGACCUACAACGACGAGUCUCGGAUCAAGGCCACGGUGAUGGAUGUGAAGCCCGUGGACCACAAGGAGUACAGCAAACGGUUGAUUGUGAACAUCAGGAAGCUGGCCGCCCAUUAGGAAUGGCACCCUGCGCUGCCUCGAUAUGGAGAGGGUGCUUGGGGGGGGGGGUGGAUUCCCCAAUUUAUAACAUCGUCAGCCCUUAUCCAACAUUUCUGCAGAGGCACUUCUUGGAUGUUAGGAUGCACUUGUUUCUGGUCAUCGUUUACUUGGCUUUCUCCCAGGAUCUGCGGGAUCGGGGUGCAGUGCGCUUUCCUCUGCUUGCUUAAUCCUCAGCUGUGCAUGUGUUUUUAUAACCCUCUACCCUUCAGCUCCUCCAGUCCCUUUUGGUUUGAAUGCAGGCAGUUUUGUGGAGGAUGAGAGGCUGUUGUUUGGGGAUUGUCUUUGUUAUGGUCUCUGUGUUGACAGACUUCCUGUAAGUCUGUCCCGUGGGGUUUCUCUGUGGUGCCUUAAAGGCACGUCCCGCAGACCCCCUCCCUCGCUUUUGUUUGUCUUCAUGGUUUUGUACCCCGCCCCCCCACUUUUUUUUUUUCUUUUUUUCUUUUUUGUGAAGUUUAAAACUGCUGUAAGCAGUGCUGAGUUACACCAUUACUGAUGGUGGGGCAGGCGGGGUGGGAUUGUGUCAUUACAGGUUUGAAAUAUGAGAAUAAAAUUAGUAACUACA